AACAAACGCAGAAUCCACGCGUAUCGAGUCCAAUGGCUGCAGAAAAGAAAGAUAAGAAGCGCAAAGCCGCUUCAAGUUCCAGUGCAGUCGAGACCGACCAGCCGUCCAAAAAAUCCAAGAAGUCCUUUGUGAAAAACGCGAAAGCUCCGACAGAGACUAAAUCAAAGGGUGCCUCUAAGGAUAAAAAACCAAAUAAUGUCACUAAUGGCAAGGCUACAAAACCUCUCAACCUGGACAAUGCCCCAGCUCGCGAUAUCAAACCACGGAAACGAGCCGCCGACUUCCUCAGCGACGAGGAAGACGAGAUCAUAAAAAGAGAUAAAAAGGACGCAUUGAAGGACUCAGCGAGUGUUACGAAUGAAUCCGUCAAGCCUCCUAAAAAGAAAGCAAAGGAAGAGGCUAAAGCUACGACCACUACGACUGAAAAAGUCUCCUUGAAAAAGGAUGAUGCGAAGGCUAAAGAAAAGAAGGAGUCAUUCAAGAAAUCAAAGAAGGAAGUCGAGGUUCGCGCAGAUAAUGACCAUGAAAGCGAGGAUGAUCACACGCUCGCCUUGAUUAGAGGGUUUGAUAGCAGCGGAGAGGAGGAUAUCUCUGGAGACGAGGGAUUCGAACCCGGACAAGCAGUUCCUCAGAUUCCAGACUCUAAGCAGGUCAAACGAAAGAUUCGCAAAUUGAAAAAGAAUCAUACCGAUGAGCCUGAGGAACCGGGGACUGUUUAUAUUGGACGUAUUCCCCAUGGUUUCUAUGAACAUGAAAUGCGGGCCUAUUUCUCCCAAUUUGGUGACAUCACUCGCCUAAGAAUGUCUCGUAACCGCACAACGGGCCGAUCCAAGCACUACGGCUACAUUGAAUUCGCGUCAGAAUCCGUCGCUAAAAUCGUUGCUGACACUAUGGACAAUUAUCUAAUGUUUGGCCACAUCCUGAAAUGCAAGUUCGUGCCGCAAGACCAACUCCACCCAGAGACAUUCAAGGGUGCCAACAGGCGAUUCAAGAGCGUGCCGUGGAAUCAGAUCGAGAAAAAGCAGCUAGAGGCUGGCAAAACAAGAGAUCAGUGGUCGAAGAAGAUUGCAAAGGAAGAAUCGAAGAGAGCUGCGAAAGCCGAGAAAAUGAAGGCUUUAGGUUAUGAAAUAGACUUGCCCAAGCUGGCCAGUGUGGACGGAGUCCCCGUUCAGAAGACCUUGGCCCAAGCUAAAACUGCGAUCGAGGAUGAUAACAUUGAGGCUCCCAAGGCUAUUGAAGCGCCGCCAAAGGCCAUAACCAAACCUGACGCACAGGAAGAGCUCAAAAAGGCAACCAAGAAAUCGAAAAAGAGCAAGGAUUCUGCCAAUGCAAGCGCGAAGAAGGCAGAUGCGCCUGUGUCUGAACAGAGCAAAGAAGCUACCCAUGAGAAGCCGGCCAAGAUUAAAGAGGCCGAUACUAGGAAAGCCCAGAACGGAGAAACCAAAAGCAAAAAGGAUAAAAGGCCCAAGGCCAAAACUCCCACUGUCGUUGCAGACAAUACCGAAAAGCCAUCCAAGUCAAAUCCAUCAGAAGCCAAGGAUCCAAAGGGUAAAGAGAUUAAGGAUAAACUGGGGAAAGUUGAGAAACCAGAAAAAUCCAAGAAAAGCAAAAAGUCUAAGCCAUAGGCGAUGAUGGGAUAUUCUAGCUUGCAAUGUAGUCCCUGUCCAUUGGUAGUCCUGGACCAUACAUAUGUGAGAGGAUCACAGUGUUCAGACCAAACAAGCAAUGAGUA